GCUAAUUUCAGUGUGUGGGGGGAUUAGAGGAGCAUGGUUGCUCAGCUGCAAUCCUGUCUCAGGCCCCUUUCCUGCAUCCCAGGGGAGCUGUGGAGCCAGCCCGGGGUGCAGUUAUUCCGAGCACAACAUCACAUGGUCUCAGAGACGCUCUUAAUAAAUUCUGACCAGCAACACAGCCAACAGCUUUGGCUCAAAAUAAAACAGCUACCCAGGAUCUCAACACAGCAAGGGAGCAUCUUGUCCAGCCGAGAAGACAGGAGCUGUGGUACCCAGCAAAAAUGACCGACAAAAGCCCCUUCGAAACGGAUAUGCUGACCCUGACGCGAUUUGUUAUGGAGAAGGGACGCCGCGUGAAGGGAGCGACAGGGGAGCUGACACAGCUGCUCAACUCCAUGCUGACUGCCAUAAAGGCCAUUUCCUCUGCUGUCAGAAAGGCAGGCCUUGCCCACAUGUUUGGCAUAGCUGGCACUGUGAAUGUGACGGGUGAUGAGGUGAAGAAGCUGGAUGUACUAUCCAACUCCCUGGUGAUUAAUAUGCUCCAGUCCUCCUACAGCACCUGCGUCCUGGUCACGGAGGAGAACAAGGAUGCCAUCAUCACCCCGGCAGACAGGCGGGGUAAAUAUGUGGUGUGCUUUGACCCCCUUGAUGGUUCAUCCAACAUAGACUGCUUGGCGCCAAUAGGAACAAUAUUUGCAAUCUACAAAAAGGAAACAGAUGAAGAGCCCUCUGAAAAAGAUGCUUUACAGCCYGGUCGCAAUAUUGUUGCUGCAGGCUACGCCCUGUAUGGCAGUGCUACGCUGGUYGCCCUCUCCACAGGGCAAGGAGUGGACUGCUUCAUGCUCGAUCCGGGUCUUGGUGAAUUUAUUUUGGUGGACAGAGAUGUUAAAAUCAAGAAGAAAGGGAAGGUAUACAGUCUCAAUGAAGGUUAUGCGAAGUAUUUUGAUCCUGCAAUGACAGAAUAUUUGCAAAAGAAGAAAUUCCCUGAGGAUGGCAGCUCCCCAUAUGGUGCCAGGUAUGUGGGCUCCAUGGUAGCUGAUGUUCACCGUACACUGAUGUAUGGUGGGAUCUUCAUGUAUCCUGCUAAUCAGAAGAGUCCAAAAGGAAAGCUCCGACUUCUCUAUGAAUGCAACCCUAUGGCUUUCAUCAUUGAGCAGGCAGGUGGGAUGGCAACCACAGGGACUGAAGCAGUGYUGGAUGUGAAACCUGAGAAUAUUCACCAGAGGGUUCCUCUUAUACUYGGCUCUCCAGAUGAUGUGCAAGAAUACCUUGCCUGUGUACAGAAACACCAGAAGAGCAGCUAAAGGCUUUCCACAUCAGACCUUUCUUGUCCGUUUUCAUUCUUCAGGAAAAGCUUUACCUUUCAAAAUGGUGGAUUCYAGCAACCACCACUCCGUGAAAGUCCUACUUUACAAGAACAAUAGUGAGAUUUCAUUUCUUCUUGCAGGCAAGUUUAAAAAUCCUUUAAUUCUGAUUUAUGCAGGGCAAGUGCAGAGACAGAGUGAGGAUUUUCAGACAGAAACUACUUACUUUAUAUAAUAUUUAAAAAGAAAGUGAAUUGUGUCAGUUUCCCCAUUUGAUCUGAAGCUUUAYAUGUGGCAUUGCAUGGAUAGCAUGGUUUGAGACAGAAUUGCCACAUCAGUAUUUGCAAUGCCAUUAUCUGAAUUUUCUGUCAGAAGCUUUCAUGCAGGUGCUUUUUAUCUUGAAAGCCCUAAGAAGAGCAGAAAUCUCAUGCUGUCUGAAACAGUAUUUUUAAGAUGCAAAUUAUACGUUUUUUGGUAAUUAAUAGAGAUGAAAAGGCUGCAGCGUAGCCAGGGUAUUUCACUUCUCAUAAGAACAGGAAAUAUUGUUGUGUUAUUUACAGAAAAAUUUCAAYAGCACAAAUACAAUAAACCAAUGCUAUGGAUGUGACACCCAAAUCAUGCCUAUUCUGUUGAUCCAUUGUCCUGUGCAACAGCAGAGGAGACAAAGACACUGUUUUACCUCCAUUUUCUCUUACUUUGAAAAGUUCUCA